AUGAUUAGAGAAGAAGAAAAAUUAAAUCGAGAUGAACGGCGUCAAAGGAAAUUUAAUAAUAUCUUCAAUAUUAUGAGCAUUUAUAUUAAAUAUCUAUUAGGGGAUGAAGUGAAUGAAGAUGAACAUAAGUAAUUUUUAGAGUAUAGCAAAUUUAAUAUAUACAAAAUUCAAGGAAAUCAAUCUGAACAUUAUAAAAUGCCUGAAUAAGAUUAUAUAAAAAUGGUAAUGAAUGAUCCAAGUCAAUAUUUAACAGAAAAAGAUUAUUGUAUGGGAGAUGUAGUCUUAUAAUUUCCAAAUCCAGAUGAAAUGCCAUAUGCAACAAUUUCAUAUAUGGAAGCAUUAGAGUUUCUAUAAUAAGGGAUAGGAACUAGAUGUUCAAUUGAAUUUAAAACAGAAUAAUUAGAUUAUGAGAUACUUUCAAUGGCUUUUUAAUAUGCAUAUUCUUAAUUAGCAGAUUCAAAAUAAGAUGAUUUGGGUCCUAAUAAAUUAGCAUACUCUAAUUAAUUCUCUACUCAAAAUCUAAUUGCUGCAAUCAAGUUGUUCUUUAAAGAAGAUGAGUAAUUACAUAUUUAAGGAGAAUAUAUAGAGUUUAUUGAGAUGGUAAGAAAUAAAGUAAUGAAUAGUUUAAAUAAAAACUUUAAAGUUAGUAAGAAUAGAGAAAAAAGAAAGGGAUUUUCAACUAUUCUUAAGAAAAAGAUAUUAACAAGAGGAAAAUUUAUUAUAAAAACAGCAGGAGGUUUAUAACGUACUCAUCAUAAAGUUAAAGAUUUCUAUACAUUAGUUCGUAAUUUAAUACUUUUAAGAUUAAGUUAAAAGGGAUUCAAAAUGAGAACAUUUGUAUCUACAAAUAAUAAAUCAAUAUUUGCUAUUCUUUAUUGUGCAGAAGCUAAUAUUUCUUUAGUUGCUUAAUAAAUUAAAAUGAGAAAAUUUCUUAAUUUAGAAUUUACAGAUUUAUUAUCUCUUGAACCUAUUGAUUAAAAUUAUCGUCCUUUAAGAUUGAAUAAUCGUCUUUGGAGAAAUGAUAUGGAUAUGAAUUAAAGUAGUUAUUUUUAAUACAUUAAACCUAAGAUUAUAAAUUUACUCAAAAAAAUUAAUUUUAAAAAAAUGGCUAAAGAAUUACAUAUAUAAAAUCUUAAUGAUUAAAUGUUUGAUUAUGGAUAAAGAGAUUUAAUAGGAGAUGAGGAAGGACCUUCUGAUGAAUUAUGGGAAGCAUAUUAUGAAUAUUUAGUAUAUUUGGAAUAAAGAGUAACUGAAGCAAGAGAAAAGUUUUAUUUUAAAUUAGAUUUUGCAGUAUUAAUGAAUCCAUCUAUUGCAAAAAAAAAAGAGAAAAAAUAAGAAACUAAAAUUAUUACUAAAGCAUAAUUAAGAAGAGUAACAAAGAAAAAUGAUAAAAGUAAUAUUGAUAUUAAUUAAUUAAUUGAUUUAAAUGAUUAAGAUAGAACUAUUAAAUAAGAAUAAUAAAUCAAAAGAUAUUUCUCUUAUUAAAGAAAAAAGUUUAUUCCUAAAACUACUAAGAAAAAUUAAAAUAUUAAAUAAUAUAAUGAAAAUCCUCUCAUUAUUUGUGAUACUUAUUCAAAAGAUUUUAAUUCUAUAUUACUCAAAAUUUUAUAACAUCUUGUUAGAAAUUAAUUAAAUUUAGAUAUUAAUGAAAAAGAAACUAAUAUUGAAACUUAUUUAAAAUAAAUUUAACAUUACUUUGAUGAUGAAGAAGAUGCUGAAAUUAAUCUUAAAAAAUUAGUAGCUUCUAAUGAAGAUUCUGCUGAAAAGAAAAUAAUAGAUUAAAUAUGUAUUUAGAUGAAGGAAAUACCAGAGAAAGUAGACUAAAAACAAUUUACAUUAACAAGAGAUAAAAAUCCAGUGUAUUAUGAAUCCAUGAAAUAAUAAUUGAUUGAAUGUUUAUUUUUGACAUAUAUGGAAAAGGAAGAAGAAAUUUGGAAAGAUUAAAUAUAAGAGGAAUAAUAAUAAUUUUUGAAUAUGAAAAAAGUAUUUCAUCUUAAAUGGAAUUCUAUAUGCACAAAAUUCUUGAAAGAAAGAUAAAGGGGAUUAUUAGCAUAGGCUUAUGGUACAGCCAUGAGAGAUGGAAUGUAGAUUAUAAAUAAUGCUAAGGGUAAUUUAUUAAAAUGUAUUUGGGAUUUUUCAUUUGGAGAAUUAUAUAACAUAGCCAUUUCAAGUGAAUAUACUGUAUCAGGAAGGAGAUUUUCAUAUAAGAAAAAGAGUAGGAUCAAUACAAUUUGGAAGAAAUAUUAAGUGAGUGAGAGUGGUAGAAUAUCUGUAUUUUCAAUAAUGGAAAGAAUUAAAUUAGCUAAUUAUUUAGUUAAUUAAGCUAUAAAUAUACCAUAUGUAUUUAAUAAAUAAUAUUUGGAAUAAAUAUUUGGUUUAAAUGAUUAAUAUGAAUUAAAUGGAUUAAGUAAUAAAAGAUUUUUUUAGAAUGAUCCUAAAGGAUUUUCAUAGACAUUAAGUUCAGAUGCUUAAGAAUAUAUAAGAUUAUUAUAAGAGAAAUUUAUGAUUGCAGAGAGUUUAUUUGUGAAACCUAAAUUACAUAAUUUGGAAGAGAUUUGGAAAGUUAGAUUGGGUGAAAUAUGGCAUGUACCAUCAGAUGAAGUUAGAGAAUAUUAUGGAGAAAAGAUUGCUCUUUAUUUUACAUUUUUAGGACAUUAUACAAAAAGUUUAUUAAUUCCAGGUUUAAUUGGAUUAAUUUGCACAAUUAUAUAAUCUUUAACAGAACCUAGAGUAUCUAUUAUUAUUGGAAUGAUGUUUGGAAUAUUACAUUCAUCAUUUUUAACAUUAAUGUUAGGUUCUUGGAAAUUAAAAGAGAAAUAGAUAGUGGCUUAAUUUGCUUAGAAUAUUAAAUAAGGAAAUGAAUAAUAAGAGUAAAGACCAGCAUUUCAAGGAGAAUAUAGACGUGAUCCUUGUAAUGAUGAAGCUAAUACUUUAUAUUAUCCUUUGAGUAAAUUACUUAUUCAUAUGUUAAAAAAUGGAUUGAUAUUAGGAUUAGUAUUUAGUAUAUAUAUAGCAAGUGUAAUAGGAUUAUUUUAUAUGACAAAAUACUUUUAUGAAUAUGAUAUAUUUACUAGUUUGGAGAGAUUAAACUUUUUAAAAUUGGAAGUAAGUAUUCCUUGUAGUAUAAAUGUUAUAAUAUUAAAUAUCUUUGAAUAUAUAUAUGAAAGAUUAGCAGAGAGUAUGACAGAUUAAGAAAAUCAUUAAACAGUAGCUGAUUUUGAAGCAAAUUUUAUAAUAAAGAAAUUCACUUUAAUGUUAUUAUCUUAUUUUGCACCUAUUUUUAUGAUAGCAUUUUUAAAUGAAGAAUUGGGUAUUGAUUGUGCUUAUGGUGAUUGUAAUUUGAAUGCUAAAUAUUUUUUCUCUAGUUUAUUUAUCAUAUUAUUUGUAUUCAAUAUAAAGGAAGUAUUGACUCCAGUGAUUAAUAAAAUAAUGAAUCGAACAAAAGAGGAGCCAGAAUCAAUGGAUGAUUAUGGAAUUAUUAAUUAUUAUGUAGAAAAAGAGGCAUAAAAGGAUAGUUAUUUUAAAUCUGUAGAUAGAUAUGGAACAGUAGAUGAUUAUAUGGAAAUAAUUAUUUAAUCUGGAUUAUUGGGAUUGUUUGCACCUUUAUUUCCUGCUUCCAUGUUCAUAGGUUUUGUUUGGAAUGCUUUAGAAAUGUAGACAGAUAAGAUAAAAUUAAUUAAAUAUUCAUAAAGACCAGUUCCUUUGGAUGAAUAAAGUAUUGGCAUAUGGAGUUUAUUAUUGGAAUUCUUAGCAAAUUUUAGUAUAAUCUUUAAUACAGGUGUUGUAUUUUUGAUGGGUAAAUUACAUCCAGAUAGAAAUGGACCUACUCCUCCAUUGAUUAAGGAUGUUACUAUGUUUUUGAUAAUUAUAUUGAUAGCAUUUGCUCUUAGAUUUAUAUUGGAAGGAUUAAUUCCUGAAGCAACUUAUGAAUUUAUAUCAAUAAUGAAACGAUAAACUUAUUUAUUGAAAUCAACAAUAGAACAUUUUAAAAAGAAGACAAGUAAAAUGAAGAGAUUAAAAUCUGAUAGAAAUACUCUAUCAAGAUAUGUAUUGUUUAAACCUUAUGGAACUAUUUUAAAAGUGGAAAAGAAAUAGAAGUAAUUGAUAUAAGAGGAGGAGGAGGAUGAUGAAGAUGAUGAUGAAUCAUAAAUAGAAGUAGCUAAGAAAUAAAAGGAGGAUGAUUCAUAAAGAGAAACAGGAAUGCCUGAAAUAAUAUUAGUAAAGAGGAGAUAAAUAAUAAUGAGAAAGAAUAUUCAUAAUUUUGAUUUUCCUUAUAAGAAAUUUGAGAUUGCUCAUGCUUAAAAAGAAUUUGAUGAUAAAAUAGCUAGAUUAAAGAAAUUAUUAAGAUUUUUUGAGAAAUAUUAUACACUUAAAUGGUGUGAAUAAAGAUUAAUAUAUAGAAGAUUGUAUUAAAAAAGAAAAUAUAUUUUAUAUAAGUAUUUAAAUAUAAGAAAAUUGAAAGUAUUCAUUGAAAGUUAUAGAUAAUUAUUUAAUAGAUAUAAACGUAUAUAAGAGGAUAAGAGAGAAGCUGGUUUGAUGGAAGAUAAUAAUGAUAGAGAGUAGAAAACUGCAAGGAUUAAUUAAUUAGCUAAAAAGAAAGCAUUAUAAUAAGUGAAAAAUGUUGCAAUAUUGAAGAGUAAAGGUGUUUGGUUUGGAUAAUUUCGUAGAUAAGUUCCAAUUUUAAGAGCAAAAGAUAUGAUUGAACAUUUGAAAAGAUUAGAUUAAAAACUUAGUAAAUUAAAAUUAAAUUAAAGACUUAUUCCAAUAUAAAUGAUAAAAAUUAAUAAAGAUAAACUUAUUAAAGAUAGACCUAGAAUAUUUGAAGAGAUAUCUUGUUUAGAUAUUAGUAAGAGUAGUUCUUAAGAGAUUUUAAAAUUAUUAAUAUAAUCUAGAGAUUAAUAUGUAUAAGUAAAUCCAUAUAAAUCAGAAUUAGUUAGAAGUAUAGAAGAAUUAUAUUCAUUAAAAACUAGAAAGAUUGAAUAAAUAUAAAGUUAAUUAUAUCAUUAAGAAGUUCCUAAUUAUUUAUAUUUAGAUUAAGAAGAAUUAAAAUGUUUAUUUAUAUAAAAUUAAAAGGCUUAAAUGAGAAAUCUUGAUUUUAAGAUGAUAAAAAUGAUUGAGAAAGAUAAAUAGAAAGAAGUUUGGUUAAUACUUUAAUAAUAUUAAUUAAAAAUAUUGGAAGUAAUUGAAAUUGAUUUACAACAUAAAAAUGUAUUAUUUGAAGAUUUAAUAUUAUAAGAAUUUACAAUGUUUGAUCACUUUUAUUUUCCAUAAAGUAAAGGAGUUGUAGGUAAAAUUUUAGAUUCAAGAUAUGAAUUAUUAAAUGGAUGGACUUUGUUUGAUACAAUUAAAUUUAGAUAAUCAGUAAAUAUGACUUAUAAGAAAAAAGAAUUAUUAUUAUUUUUACUUAAUUUAUUAAAUUCAAUUCCUAAUUGGAAAGAUAAAAAAGUAAUUACUCCUAAAUCCAUAUAUGCAAAUAGAAAUAAAAAUUAAAUUGGAUAUACUUUUCAUUGGAUGAUGUGUGGAAAUAGAGAUAUUGAAAAAGAGAAACUAUUUUUACCUAAUGAAGAAUCAAAUAAUAAUUUAUCAAAAAUGGUAUAUAAUGCAGCCAUGAUUGUUGUAUAUAUGAUGACUUUAGGUAAGAUUGAAACUAAUAAAGAUUAUUUAAUUGAACAUUAAGCAAGAUUAAUGAAUAAAUAUCCUAUUGUAUUUACUAUAAUUUAAGAUAUGUUAUUAUCUGAAAAUUAAAGAAAACCAUACAAUUAUUUUAAAUAAUUAUGUAAAACAGAAUGUGAAAAUGAAGAAUUAUUUUUAGAAAAUGAAAGAUUAUCAUAAUAAUUAAUUGAAGAUUCAAAAAUUACUGAUAUCAAUUAUUAAGAUUUAAAAUUAUAUGAUCAAAAUGAAUUAUCAAAUUAAUUAGAAACAUAAAAAUUACAUCAAGUCUUAUCUCAAUAAUUAUUUAAAAUGGAUAUGUUAUAUAAAUUUAAAUUAUUUAAAUAAUUUUAAUCAGAAUUAACUGUUACUGAAACUAUUGCUUAAAGUAUUUAUAAUAAUGAAUUUUAUAUGACUCAUAUAACUAAGAAUUUUGCUUUUUAUUGUGAUAAAGCACAUCAUUAAAAAUUAAUGUUAGAUUUCAUUUAAUAUGAAUUUUAUAAAUAACUUUAUUAUUUCUUUAAUAAUUUGACAUUAUAAGGAAUAUAUUCUAUAUCUUAUUAGCCAAAUCUAAGUGAUAUCUAUUAAUUCAUAAAUAAGAUUGAGAGAUACUCAUCUCCUAGUAUUCUUGAUGAUUUUGAUUAACAAAGUGAUAAAUUAUUAAUCAGAAAACGAUUAAGAGUAUAAAAAGAUAAUUAUGAAGCUUUGCAUAAGAAAUUAGAAUAAAUAAGACUUAAAUUUAUAUUUCUAUAAGCUUAUGGAGAAAUGUUUAAAUAGAAUUCUUCUUAUGCAAUUGAAUUAUUUAAUAAAGCUUUAAGAUUCUGUAAUAAUCCCUUAAGAUAAUUAAUUAUACAUAUUAAUAUUGGUAGAAUAUAGAAAGAUAGAGUAUAAUGUAUUUAAUAUUUGAGUAAAUUGGAUUGUCAAUAUGAAUAUUAUAAUUUAAAAAUAAGUAAUCUAUUGAUUAAAUUAUAUCUUGAAAAUGAAUAAUAUCAUGAAGCAAUGAAGAAAUGUAUUAUUAUUAAACCUUCAGAUUAGUAAUGUUUAUUUGAAUAAUUGGUUCAUUAAGAAACAUUGACAUUACAAUCUUAAACUUAAUGGUGUUAAGAUCAUUAUUAAAAUAAUUAUGAUUAUUUAAAUUAUUGGAUUCAAAAAUAUAAAUAAACAUAAAGUAAACAUAAAGAAUUAGUUUUGAUUGGAUUAUAAAAUUUGGAAUGUUGUAUCAAUCUUUUAUACUAUAAUUAUAAUAUACAUUUUGUUGAAGAUUAUUUAUAAAUUCUGUAUGAAUAUAAUGAUAAAAAUCUAUUUAUAAUUGAUUAUUUAUAAUUUAAAUUGUUAUAAAUAAUAAAUUUAUAAUUAGGUAUGAUUAAUUAUGGAAUGAUAACAUAAUAUGAUAAGAAUUCAGAAGUAGGAGAAUAAAGACUUUUAAAGAAAUCAUAUUUACAUUUACCAAAAUCAUUUUCAAGAUAACAUGAUUAUUUGAGUUAAUUAUAUUUUGAAUUAGAAUGUAAUUUAUAAAUGGAUAUGGAUUAUGAACUUUAUUUAGAAAUAAAUGAAUAAUAAUUAAGAAAUAGAUAUCAUUUUUUAAUUGCUAAAUAAUUAUUUACAAAAUAGAAAUAUUCAUAAGCAAAAGGUGUAUUAGAUAAUACUAAAUGUAAUAUAGAUAAAUUAAUAGAUGCAUGGUAAAUGAAAAAUAAUAAAAUGAUUGAAUUAUAACAUGAUGUUAAAUUUUAAUUAAAUGAUUUAUCAUGGAAGAAUUUAUUUAUAACAUUUGUAUUUGAUCUAAAUAAUUUAUAUGCAUAAUUAGUAUGUAAAUUAGCAUUUAAAUUAAUUGAAAUUGCAUCUUAAAAAUAUGAUUGUAGAUAAUUAUUAUAAUAAUUUAAGAUCUUCUUUGUAAAAUUAUUAUUAGAAGAAUAUAAAGAUAAAGAGAAUAAUGAUUAUAUUGAUAAGAAUUUUGAAAUAAAGUUUUUUAUUUUAACUACAUUGAAUUAAUAUUUAUAAGAUUUAUCUUUAAAUCUACUUUCAGAAAUAUGUGAUAUAGAAGAUAAAAUAAAAUAGAAAGAAUUGAUUGAUUAUAAAGAUAUUUCAAUUCCAGUAGAUAAAAGAUAAAUGGAAAAGAAAUCAAUUUGUUUAAAUGAUCUUUUUGUAGUAUAAUCUUAAUUAUUAGAAGAAAGUGGAGAUCCUAUUGCAGCUUUAAAAUGUUUAGAUGUUUAAUAUGCAUUAAUUUUAUAUGAUGAAAGAUUUAGUAGAUAAGUAUAAUAAGUAUUUUCUUAAAAAAUGGAAAAUGAUGAUCCAAAUCUAUUGGGAGCAAAAUGUAAAGUUGCUAUAAUGAAAUUAUUUUUGAAUAUAUUUUCAUGUGGUCCAUAAUUAUUAAAAACAAGAAAAGCAGCUUUAAUAUCAUGUGUUGAUAUAGUUACAAGUACUGCUGAAUAAUCUAAAUUAAAAAUGAAUGAAUUUCCUACUACUAAAAUUAUUUGGGAUGAUCAUGCUUUAAAUAUAUUAGAUUAUGCAAAACCAAAAUAAUUAGAAGCAUUUUAAAAAUAUAAAUUAAUCUAUUAUUAAUGUGAAUGGAAACUAUUAGAAUAUUAUGCAUUAGUUGGAAUGUAUAAAGAAGCACAUAAUUAAUUUUAAAUGUUAUAUAAUCAUUAUGUUAAAUUAAGUAUUCAAGAAGAUUAUGCUAGAACAUAUUUUGAAUAUGCAAUUGGCACCUAUUUCUUAUUUAUUAGAUAAACUAAUCGUGCAUCUAUUUUCUUUGAAAGAGCUGCCAGAAGAUAUUUAGAUUAAAAAAACCUUUAUGAAGAUCUAAAAUUACCAGUCUAAAAUGUUACUGCAUCUUUUCGUGAUAAAUUUACAAAUGAUAGUCUUAUUUUAGAUUUACUUAAUCAAUUUAAUCAUUAUUUUACUUUAAGAUCAAGAUGCAGAAUCUAUAAAUAUUAUAGUAGAAUGUAUGAAAAAGAUACAGAUUUACAUAGAUUAUUCUAAUCUAUUAUUAGAAUACUAGAAAAGAUUCGUAAAACUAUGGGCAGAAAAAGUAUACUAUAUGUUGAUGCUCUUAUGAUCUAUGCUGAAUUCAUACUUAUGCAUAGAGAAAGAGGAUUUAAUGGAUUCUAAACAUUUAAAAUGGCAUUCAAAAGUCAUUAUUUCUUUACAAGAAGAGAAGCAGAAUUCUUUGAACCUUAUAUUUACAAAUCUCAUUUACCCUAUAAAUUUUAUACUCCAGAUGAUAUUGAAGAAAGAUUAAGUGAAACACUUAUUACUUAAUGGGUUUUUGAUUUGUUAGAUUAAUGUUAUAGAUUCUAUAAAGAUUACUUUAAUUCAGUAAAUGUAAGUGAACAUUUUAGUAUUGUUUAUUGUGAUAUACUAUAAUAUAGAAUAGCAUUUAUAGCUAAUAGAUUAUAUUAAGCAUAAAUCAUGUUAGAUAGAUCAUUAGCUAAUCUAGAAAAAGUAUAUAUAUUUUUAUUAUUUAUUUUUUAGUUGUGUCCCACAUGUGAACAUCCAUAUGGUGUAAUGAUUUAUGAAGGUUAUGCCGUACUCUGUGAAAAUCUAGAAAGAGUAUAAGAAGAUAAUAUCAAAAUCAUUCUAGAAUGUCCUUCUAAUAGUCUAUUUAACUCUUUAUCUUAUGAACAGAGAUAUAAGAUUACUCUUCAAAUUUAUUUGCGUAAUGAGUAAUUAGGUAAGUACUUUGAUGAUUACAAAAAUAAUGGAUUCGAAGUGUAUUUGUUAUAAAAAUUAUAAAAAUUUACAGAUAAAAAAUAAUAAGAGAGAACUUCUAUGAAAUAAUAAAGAUUAAUUAGAAAAUAAACAUUUAUAUUAGAUUUUGAUACUUAAAUGCAAAUUAAAUAGGGAGCUAAGAAAGAAGCAUUAAUGAAUUAAGAUAAAAUUACAGAUGUCAAACUUAAAGUUGGAAACACUGGCUAUUAUAGAAAAGCAUAUAGAAUUUGUAAAGUUAUAUUCAAAGAGUACAAUGAACUCUAUAAAAGAGUAGAAGAUAAAUUCAUUGAACUUAGCAGACAAGAAGAAAGAGAAAAUAAAAUAGACUGA